AUCUACUUCCUCAGGUGACAAAGUUUCUCCGUUUUCACUGGGCCACGUGUCUAGGUACUCAGUAGGGCGCAAGCACGUGAUUACUUCCUUUUUCGCUCUUCUACUUUCUUCGAGAGUUUCACUUCUCAGCCUCGCCGGCGACUCGUACACGGCGGCUCCGAUGAGGCCUUCAAGUUGUCAUAACAUCGGAAACGCUAAUACAAAUCUUCCUGACAACACGGGGAACCAAACGAUUCUUAAUGUGGUUCCAUUGAACAGCAUCCCCUACAUCGGUCCAUCUACCGGGCAAGCUUCCAUGUCGGGUCACAGGGCAAAUGACAAUGUGGAAAAGAGAGGGCCAGCCAUGAUUUUUCUGCCAUGUGAAUCAGCUCCAGAGUUUACUGACCUUGCUAAUCAAACCAAAACCGGAGUUGCCCUCACAGGGAGUGCAGCUAUGGGGAAGAUUGGACCGACCAUCGGUUUGGUGGAUAUUGCUGAGAAUGAGGACUCGUUCUAUUUUCGCGUAUCUCUGCCUGGUGUAUCAGGAGAUGAAAAGGAAUUCAGCUGCGAGGUUGAUCCGGACGGGAAGAUUCUGAUAAAGGGAGUGACAACAACGGGCGAAAAAACUGUCUGCAAACACUCUCAGGUCUUCAGGAUGCUAACCCAGAACUUAUGCCCGCCUGGACAUUUCACCAUCUCCUUCCAGCUUCCGGGUCCCGUGGAUAACGACGAAUUCGUCGGCCAGUUCGGAUCAGACGGUGUUCUCGUUGGUACUGUCAAGAAGAUAUGAACAUUUGUGAACUCUUGUUGAGCUGCAAAACCCAGAAGAUCAAACCCUUUUCUUUAUGUUGAGGUUAGUAGUGUAGUUUUGGAUGCAAGCUAAACAGCUUCAAAUGACGUAACAAAGUACGUAAAAGAUUGUUUAUC